AUGCGAUCAAUGACAACGGCAUCGAAUGCUUACGCUACAGGGAGCACCAAUACAACCCAGGUGUUGGUUGAUAAUAUUUGUCCUCGGCCGCUGCAGAUCAACGGCCAAAUUACCCCAUUGACAAACAGCGUCAUUAACGAAACAUCAACAGACUUGACCGUGAAUGACACGGUUCCCGCUCAAGCAUUCGAGCCACAAGCCUCGUCCUAUUUCCUCCGCAACAGCCUGGAUGCCCUGGAUGCCUCAGAUUUCAAUUCGAACCUCGACUGGCUCUUUGAUCAUCUUUCGGAACACGAGUCGACCGAUUUUGGAGCUCUGUUUAGUGAAGGAGUUCAUAAUUCACCUCCCGUCCCAUUGGCAGAAGCUAGCGGGGCUCAUAAUCCACGCUCAGGCCUCAGCGCCAACUGCAAUAUCAUGGAUAUUUACAACACACCUUCUGUUCAAAGUGCCGAUGAUUUGGAUCUUCCGUGUCCUCGGCCUCAAGACAGCUGUGGUGCUGACGAUCCGUGGCCGAUGGAGUGGCAUUCUGAGAAGUCCCAGCGUAUUGUAGAUCUACCCAACUUAGGCUGCGACGAGGACGAAAACCCUAACCUGUAUCCUCGCUUUUUUCCCAACUGGUCACUACACCCAUCGAUUAUUGAGGCAUUGGCAGACCACCUCAGACUUCCAGCCCGCCGGAGUCCUUGGCUACCCAGCAAUUUGGACCAUUUUCCAGAUAAAGAAAAGCUGGAGUACUGUAUCGACAUGUAUUUUGCUCACUUCCAUCAGCUUCUCCAAGGUUUACACGGGUACUACUGCGGCAACAAGCGGUUGUUUGAACUGAGUGAAUCUUUUCGAAACAAUCUUGUGCAUCACGCAAAGUGCAUGGGUCUCUUCCGGUUCAAGCCAGAGGCAAACACAAUAUCACGAACAUCGCAGAAUGUCGAGGAGCGGUGGAAAGACUGGAUCCGUUAUGAAAAGCUUCGUCGACUGGGAUGGGCCGUCUAUGAAUACGAUGCAUCAGUCUCCUACCUACACAACAAUCGACCGUUUCUUAGCAUUGGAGAAAUUCACCUUGCUCUCCCUUGUGGAGCCAACUAUUGGAAUGCCGAGUCUGCCCACUGUUGGGCCGCUAUGUUGCCGUCAACAGUGCCCGAGCCGAUGUCUCCGAGGCUCGAGUCUCUUUUGCGAACUUUCUUUGAUCAAACUCAGAAGCCAAACGAGAAAAUUCAGGAUGAGCGUCACCGAUCCUUAGUCGCCACCACACUGUGCCGGAUGAUAUGGACACUCAAGGAGAUGAGAUCUUCGCCGAUCGUGGGUCUUCUUCCUCAUGGCCCAGAGAACACUAACACUACCGCGGAUCUUGUCAGGGCGGCCGACAAGCUGGCAAGGUGUCCUCAAAAUCUAGCUACGUAUCUUACGACAGCAGAGCUGGCGCCAGCUAUGCAUACGCUCCAAGUCACCUAUGUCUGUCACCUCUAUGGGGCGGGUGGCUUGAUGAAUUGGCUGUAUCCGCUCCUUCGAGACGAUCUCCAAGCUGGCACCGUUUUUAACACCCUCAGCCUUUGGGCAAAACAAAAUGCCGAGAUGGCUAGAGAGGCAGCCUGCUUUAGUGCGCGGAUCCUUGCCAUUGCGAGAAUCUUCCCGAGUGCCUCCCCUAAUGAGCCCUCGAUGAUAUUCCAUGCUGGCACAGUGCUCUACUUCCUUGCAAAGGUUCUGCCAACGCACCUUGUAAAAGACACGGCCGCUGUGUGGCUAGAUCAGCUCUCUCCUGGGAACGAAGGACCUCCAGCGUCAGUGAAAACAUGGAUUAGUAACGGCAAGUCCUCAAUGGUCUGUAUACAUGGAGUUCCCUGA